AUGCCGCGGCAUCCAUUUCUGUUGCUUCUUCUCCUUCCCUUGUUAUGUAGCCAUAAUACAGCUGCCGAUGAUGAUCAGCCUCACAACCGUUUUCUCCAAUGCCUUGAUUCUGAAAACUCUGCCGCAGCAGACUCCAUUUCUAAGCUAAUUUACACCGACACCAACCCUUCCUACUCAUCCGUCCUGCAAUUCUCCAUACGCAAUCCUCGAUUCAACACGUCAACCACCCUGAAGCCUCUGCUAAUCGUCACGCCGCGGAAUAUAUCCCACAUCCAAGCUACCAUCAAAUGCUCUGCCAAGCACGGCCUCCAGCUCAGAGUCCGAAGCGGCGGCCACGACUACGAGGGCCUCUCCUACGCUUCUCUCCUGCCCAAUGUCCAGUUCAUAGUCCUGGACAUGAUCAACUUUCAGGACGUCGCCGUCGAUGUAGCUAGCAAGACUGCUUGGGUCCAGGCAGGUGCCACUCUCGGCCAGCUCUACUACGCAAUCGCGCAGAAGAGCAGUACUCUGGCUUUCCCGGCAGGGGUUUGCCCCACUGUCGGAGCGGGUGGGUACUUCAGCGGCGGAGGGUACGGCACAAUGCAGAGGAAGCACGGCCUCGCUGCGGAUAACGUGGUGGACGCGGUUUUCAUUGACGCAAAAGGUCGAACACUUGGUAGGUCCUCGAUGGGGGAAGACAUGUUCUGGGCGGUACGCGGCGGCGGAGGGAACACCUUCGGAGUCGCGGUUGCCUGGAAGGUGAAAUUGGUUGCAGUGCCGGAAAAAGUGACGGUAUUCAGGGUGAGAAGGACUCUGGAGCAGAACGCCACGAAGAUCGUCCACCGAUGGCAAACCGUAGCGAAUGAGCUUCCACAAGACAUUAUAAUCAUGGCGACCAUACAGAAAGUAAAUUCCACCUCCACGGCUCAAUUAACCACAACGAUCCAAGCCACUUUCAACGCCCUGUUCCUCGGCGGGGCUGAGGGUGUGCUUAAAUUGAUUGGGGACAAAUUUCCGGAGCUGGGUUUAGUGAAGGAGGACUGCACGGAGAUGAGCUGGAUCGAGUCGACCGUCCAUUUCGCAAGGUUCCCGGCGAACACCCCGCCGGCGAUUCUGCUAAACAGGACGAUUACUCUCCUGACCGGAUCAGCCAAGUACAAGGGGAAAUCGGACUACGUACAGAAACCCAUUUCGGAAACCGUGUGGGAAGGGGUUUGGAAGAAGCUGGACGAAUUGGGGCCUCUAGCUGGCGCCCUUGUGAUGAUUCCUUACGGAGGGAAGAUGGCGGAGAUUCCAGCAUCGAGCCUGCCAUUCCCUCACAGGGCUGGGAACUUGUUCCUGAUCCAGUACGACGUGUUCUGGAACGAAGACGGGGCCGAAGCGGAGGAGAGGCACGUCGAUUGGAUUCGAGAGAUGUACAGCUACAUGACACCUUAUGUUUCCCAGAAUCCUCGAGGUGCUUAUAUGAAUUACAGGGAUCUGGAUAUUGGGAUGAACGCCGUGGAGGGGAAGACUAGUUACAGGGAAGCGCGGGUUUGGGGUGUGAAGUAUUUCAAGAGCAACUUCGAUAGGUUGGUGAGGGUGAAGACGGCUGUUGAUCCUGAAAAUGUGUUUAGGAAUGAGCAGAGCAUUCCACCAUUCUCUCUUUGA